AACGCGUGGCUCCGACACGAGCUCGACGGGGAGUUUUGCAGAAGGCACCUCGGUGAGGAGGCGCGAGGAAGCGGCACCAAUGGGCCGACCAGCGCGAGCUUAAACCGACCACAGAGCUGACAGCUGGGGCGCUCAGGCCUAGGUGUACUUUCAGUUUUUGUUGACAAUGGACCGCAACAAUGAGACCAAGAAGACCCCCCCUCACCAAGCAGCUGAUCACGCCUCUGAAACCCAGAGGCUGACCCCACCCAAAGGACCAGGCUGCAGCUGGCUGGUGGUGCUCGCGGCUGUAACCGCCUCCCUGAGCGGCUUGAUGCUGGGUUAUGAAAUGGGCCUGACCUCUGGGGUCCUGCUGCAGCUGCGGAGCAUCCUCUCCCUCUCCUGCAGAGAGCAAGAACUUCUGGUGAGCUCCCAGCUGCUCGGGGCUCUCCUCGUCUGCCUGGCGGGGGGCCCCAUUCUGGACCGCUACGGCCGCCGCUGCUCUCUGCUCCUGAGCGCCGCCCUGGUGGUCGGAGGGACCGUCGUCCUCGUCGCUGUGACUUCCCUCGUGGCGCUCACGCUGGGCCGCGUGAUAGUCGGAAUGGGGACGUCGCUGUCGGGGACCGCAGCGUGUCUGUACAUUGCAGAGAUCUCGCCCAGGGAGAGGAGGGGCCUGCUGGUCACCCUGUACGAGCUGAUGCUGGUAAUAGGGGUGAUGCUGGGUUUCAGCUGCAGCUACGCCUUCGCUACCACGCCCCACGGAUGGGUAUACACAUUUGGACUUGUGAUUCCUCCUGCGCUGCUCCAGAUGGGUGCGCUUCUCUUCCUCCCGCCUAGCCCCCGCUUCCUUGUUGCUCAGGGCAAAGUGGAACAGGCGAGGGUGGUGUUGGCCAGAAUGAGAUGUGGCAAUAAGGAGAACGUGGCAGGGGAGCUCAUGGACAUCCAGGUGGGGCUGAAGGAAGAAUCCGAGCACAGUUUCUGGGAGCUCUUCAGCGCCAAGGCAAACCUGCGUUUACGGUUGCUUACGGGCAUUUCCUUAGUUUUCCUCCAGCAGGCCACCGGGCAGCCCAACAUCCUCUCCUACGCCUCGCCUCUCCUCCGCAGCAUGGGCUUCGACAGCGACGCCGCCGCUACCUUGGCCUCCACGGGCUUUGGAGUGGUCAAGGUUGUCGGGACCAUCCCUGCUGUGCUGUUGGUCGACCGCGUGGGGACCAAGAGCUUCUUGUGUGUGGGUGCCGUCGCAAUGGGAGUCUCCCUGGCUGCACUCGGCACUCUGACUCUGCAAAGCCGCACUCACCUCACAAGCCUGUGUAAAAGCCAGACUUUACUAAACCACACAAAUUCACUGUGGGAUUUAAACCAGACCGCAAUAGAGCCGGACAUCGGUGAGAUUUUUUCCACUCAGCUCCCCAGCCACUGGAGCGCUGAGGAGGCGCUAAGGACUGAUACUGAGAGUGACAGCUUUCUAGGCUUAGAUGAGGGAAGGACUCAUGUAGAGCUGUCUUCCUCUCUAAAGUGGGCGUCACUGAUAAGCCUGCUGGUAUAUGUGGCAGCCUUCUCGAUUAGCCUUGGGCCCAUGGUGUAUGUGGUGCUCAGUGAGAUCUUUCCCAUGGGAGUCAGAGGCAGGGCUGUGUCGGUCGUGUCGGCGGUAAACUGGGCCACUAACCUGCUCAUUUCCAUGACUUUCCUCACCGUCACAGAAAAGAUCGGCGUUCCCAAUGUGAUGUUUCUAUACUCCGCCAUGAGUUUUGUUCUGCUGGUGUUCGUCAUCCUCUGCGUUCCUAACACCAAAGGCCAGACACUGGAGGAGAUAUCAAAAGAGUUGGCCAAGAAGAAGAGCUUUGAGGUAAAGCUGUUCAGACAGGCACCGCCCCAGGAGUGCCUGAUCAGCAGAAGCCCAUCCACAGAAUGUCCUGCAAGCAUCUAACGCCUUUUUGCAACAUGCAAAGGUGCACCUGCUGUAACCCAAGACAUGAUCAAAAAAACAAAGACGACGCACUGAAAAUAUACAGCAGAUCUCAGUUACAUCUGUUGGUCCCUGCAGUGUUAGCUGGUCCACAUUAUAAGGCUCAGUCAUUUGGUUUCUGUAAUGUCGAGAUCAAAGAUGGGAGGAUCCAGCUGAAAAGUGGAGAGAUAAGGAAAUGUUCUCAGAUCAGGCUAGCUCAGGGUUCACAUAUUUAAUACUUAAAAAUACUUUGACUUCAAAUGUAUUUCCUUUUUUUAUUCUUUUUACCAAAACUAGAGGGAAAAAUUAAAGUAUUUUACUUCUAUUUAGGCAAAUUUCCUAAGCAAAGAUUUUCAAACCAGUCUUAUUGAAGUACUGCCAACUAUUAUGGUUAAAAUCUGUGCCGUCUGUACUAUUCCGUCUGAGGUUGAUAGAACUAUUUUUUUUUUCUUUUGAUCAAAAAUAGCCAAAAAUAUGUUUAGUUGUUGGGUAAUACCAGGUUGAUAAUAUGACAUCAGCAACCGUUAAGAGUCUGGGAGGUGAUUAACUGUUUAGUGGAUGAUGUUAUAACGGUUUCACAAUUUUUAAUGGUACUUUUAAUACAAACACUAUUUUUUUUAAUGUUCAUUGAUAAGAAUGUUAGAGUAAUUGCUGAAAACCUUUGUUGCUCUCCACAAUUAAUCAGAACACAACGGCAGCACACACUACUAAUAAACUGAAACCAAACAGUAAAGAGACAAAACAUCAGCUGCUGUUUAAUGGCCUUUUUAUUUUUAUACAGAAUACAAAAAGUUUAAGUGUCACAAGUAUUUACUCGCCACCGGUUCAGAAAGUACUCAGUCACACAUAAAAAGCAGGUUUUAUUCCAACAUCUUUAGGAGAUACUUAGGUUAUUUAUGUACAAUAUAAGUUGCCUCGGUGGUGCAAAGCUUAAACAGAGUGCUCGGCUGUUACGCAACCAUGAAAGCACUGCUUCCUGGUCUAGAGGGGCCCCGUGUUAAAACUCUCUACAGGGUUCUGUCUAUUUUUCUUAAAGAGUUACGCACCAUUUCAAAUCAACUGCUGCUGAGAGCCUUUUGGCAACUUCUUUAUUUCGGGACAAUAAAAAGAUAGCUCUGAACGUUAACGAACCAAGUGAAAUCGAAUCGGUUUCCGAACACUCAAGUGUUGUGAGAACCUGCGAUAAAAUUCACAUUUAAAAAACAAACAAACAUGUGGGUGAUAGUUUACACUAGUACACUAUCCGUCAUGUGAGAAUAAAUAUCUACAAGUUUAGCAAGAGAGUAAAACUAUUUAGGAAAGGACACAAAGUAACAACAUCUGUUCAUUUUGAUUGAACAACGGGCGGAUAACCAAACGUUAAAAAGGAAAACCAAAUCAGGAGUGAGGCCUUUUGGGAUCUCAUCAAGAUUUGUGUACAUUCCUAACGGAGGU